AUGCAAGAUAAUUUGUGCGAAUCUAUUUCAUCCUCCAUGAUUCUCUCCGAUCAUUACCUCUAUCUCGACGGUGAGAGUCUCACCUGUGAGGAUUUAUACAGAAUCGGCUAUGAACCUCAUUUGAAAAUUGCUCUCACACAACAAGCCAAAGACCGUAUCAUAGAGGCUCGAAAAAUUGUGGAUAACAUCAUCCACACGAAUCAAGUCAAGUACGGAAUCAAUACAGGAUUUGGUCAUUUUGCUACCACUGUGAUUGCAAAGGAAGAUAUUGAAGAUUUACAAAAGAAUUUAAUUCGCUCGCAUGCAGCUGGUGUUGGAGAGUAUUUGCCUUUGGAGAGAGCGAAAAUGUUGUUGGCGUUGCGGAUCAAUGUGCUGGCAAAAGGCUUCUCGGGAAUUCGAUUGGAAACGGUUGAAAGAUUGGUGAAGGCUUUUAAUGCUGGAUGCAUUUCAGCAGUUCCUUGCAAGGGAAGUGUCGGAGCAAGUGGAGAUUUGGCACCUCUCGCCCACAUGGCACUCGGAAUGAUGGGUGAAGGAAUGAUGUACAAUCCUUCCACCAAGACCUAUGAAGAUGCAGGCAAAGUUCUCAAAGAACACGGAUUGGAACCUAUUGAAGUGCAUGCCAAGGAAGGAUUGGCACUCAUUAAUGGUACACAAUUUAUUUGUGCAUUGGGAACAGAUGCCUUGGUUCGUUCCAUUAAUUUAGUACGAAUGGCUGAUGUUGUGGGAGCAAUGACUUUGGAGGCACUUAGAGGUUCGUUUAAAGCCUUUGAUGCGAGAAUUCACACAGCAAGACGUCACGGUGGACAACAAAAAGUUGCUGGAAGAAUGAGACAUUUGCUCUUCGCUGAAAAGGUGGAAAAUGAGAAGAGAGUUUUUGAAAUUUCAGAGAUUUCAGCCAGUCAUUGGAAUUGUUCUCGAGUGCAAGAUGCCUAUACUUUGAGAUGUAUUCCACAAGUGCAUGGUGUUGUCAAUGACACUGUUGAAUUUUGCAGAAGUGUUAUGGAAAAUGAGUUGAAUGCAGCCACAGAUAAUCCAAUGGUAUUUAUUGAUCCAAGUGGAAGUAAAGUUCCAAACUCACGACACAUCCAUUUUGAAGACCACGAAGAUUUCCAUUCGCAUCUGCAUCACUACACAACAGCUGACGAAAAUGACGAACAAAUUGUGAGCGGAGGUAAUUUCCACGGCGAAUAUCCAGCCAAGAUUAUGGAUUAUUUGGGAAUUGCAAUUACUGAACUUGCAAACAUUAGUGAGAGACGAGUUGCUCGUUUGAUUGAUGGUAACUUGAGUGGUUUACCUGCAUUUUUGGUUAAAGAAGGUGGUCUAAACAGUGGAUUCAUGAUUGCUCAUUGUACAGCCAGUGCCUUGACAAGUGAAAACAAAGUUUUGGCUCACCCAAGUUCCAAUGACACUCUUUCCACAUCUGCUGCCAAAGAAGAUCACGUCUCUAUGGGACCAUUUGCAAGUAUGAAGUGUUUAGACAUUGUUAAAAAUGUCGAAUAUGUUUUGGCCAUUGAAUUGAUGUGUGCUUGUCAAGGUAUCGAUUUAUUACGUCCACUCAAGACCACACCAAUUCUCGAAAAGGUCUACGAACUUGUGAGAUCAGAGGUUCCACCCUAUGAGAAGGACAGAUUUUUGUCGCCAGAUAUUGAGAAAAUUUGUCAUUUAAUUAGAACUGGUAAGGUUUGGCAAGUCAUUAAGGGUGACAUUCCUCCUGAACUGCAUUAG